GUUUCUCUUUUUCUUUUUCUCUUUCACUAUGUUCAACUCUACUCAGCGUUUUGUUGCUCCUACUCGCACCAUCAUCACUCGUACCUUUGCUUCUGCUGCGAAAAGUCCUAAUGAUGUCAUCAUUGCAAGUGCUGUCAGAACUCCUGUUGGCUGCUUCAAUGGUGCCUUAAAAUCACUCAGUGCUACUCAACUCGGCGGCAUUGCUGCUCGUGCUGCUAUUGAAAGAGCAGGUAUCAAGCCAGAGGAUGUAGAGGAAGCUUUUAUUGGUAAUGUUCUUCAAGCCAACUUGGGUCAAUCACCUGCACGUCAAGCCAUCUUGAAUGCUGGUUGCCCUGAAACUACAGAAGCCACCACAAUUAACAAAGUAUGUGCUUCUGGCAUGAAGGCUGUUAUAUUGGCUGCUCAAAACAUCAAGACCGGUGAUCGUCAAAUUAUGGUUGCCGGUGGUAUGGAAAGCAUGUCCAAUGCACCAUACUAUGCUCCUCGUAACGUAGCUUAUGGUCACCAACAAAUGAAUGAUGCCAUUAUCAAAGAUGGUCUUUGGGAUGCUUACAACAAUAUCCAUAUGGGUGGUUGCGCUGAAAACACUGCUACAAACUAUAGCAUUUCUAGAGAACAACAAGAUGAACAUGCUAUUGAAUCAUAUAAGCGUGCUGCUGAAGCAUGGGAGAAAGGUGUCUUUGAUAACGAAAUUGUACCUGUCACUCUUAAAUCUAAAAAGGGUGAGAUUAUCUUUAAGGAAGAUGAAGAAUACAAGAAUGUCAAGUUUGAUAAGGUUAAGAGUUUGCGUCCUGUCUUCAAGAAGGACGGCUCAGUGACAGCUGCUAAUGCCAGUACCCUGAAUGAUGGUGCUUCUGCCUUGGUGCUGAUGUCCCGUGCAAAAGCUGAUGAAUUAGGUGUCAAGCCCUUGGCUCGUAUCAUUUCUUAUGCUGAUGCUGCUACUGCCCCCAUUGACUUUACUAUUGCUCCAUCUAAGGCUCUUCCCGUUGCCCUUAAGAAGGCUGGUUUAACUGUAGACGAUAUAAGCAAGUUUGAGUUGAAUGAAGCCUUUAGUGUUGUUGCUCGAGUGAAUGAACAACUUAUGAAACUUGAUCCUAGUAAGGUCAAUGUCUCUGGUGGUGCUGUUGCUCUUGGCCAUCCUAUUGGUUCUUCUGGUUCUCGUAUCAUUGUCACAUUGACUCAUCUCUUAAAAUCGGGUGAAUACGGUGCUGCUGCUGUUUGUAACGGUGGUGGUGCUGCUUCUUCCAUUGUCAUUCAAAGAGAAUAGAUUGCAUAGACUGGUAUAUAUACGUAUAUAUAUAUAUCACAGUAAAUAAAACCUCACUCCCUCUUUUUUUAAUGCAGUCCUUUUUUCUUUUCUUUCAUUUUCUUUGUUCGCUUUUGAAUGCAGCUUCAACAAGACGAUUAUUUAUCUUCUCAGGCAGACCAUGGUGAAAAGCAGUAUUUAGAUAGACAUGAUACUAUGCCCUACAACCAUAAAGUCAAAACAAGGCUCAAAAUAACAAAAGAACAAAUCCAUGCAGAAUUUCUUGAUGAUGAGUUUUCGAUUAUUGACAGUGUAGAACCGGCAGCUUCUUGCCAGCAACAAGGUCAUGCCAGUCUUUGUUAUGCUUGGUUUGAACGAUUGAUACACCUCUUUUGGUUCUUUCUCAUGCUCUAUGUUGCUUUCAAUUUCUUCCGUCC